AUUUUCAAUUUUGGAUCAUUUACUUUAAUUUUUCUGCUAAGAUUUUAGAAGUUGCAGGAUUCAGACCACGUACUCUUUUAAAAGCCCCUUUUACAAACGGAUAUAAUUUAAAUGCCCCCUCAGCUCUCCUCAGACUCAGUGUUUCUUUCAGGACGCGUGUGCUAGUGUUUAUUAUCUGAGGUACAGAUGAUAAGCAGCAGUAAACAUGAUCAGAGCUGAUAAUCACCCAGAGACGCUGCAAUAAGGAACCACAGUGUUCAGUUAGUGAUUAACUUCAGACUAUAAAGCUGAGAGAACAUCAGGGUGAGGACGAGUUCUUCACCACCUUCACACUGAGAAAGUCGUGUUUUUGUCUCUCUGUGUUGGACUGCGAGAGCGGCGAUGAGUGACAGUGAAAACGACAGUGAAAUUUCCUUCUCUGUUAAAUUCCUCGGCCGUCUCGAGGUGGUGCGUCCAGUCGGGAUGGAGAUUCUGAUGGAGGCUGCAGAAGCACUUCAGAUGGAGAAGAAGAAAAAGAGUAAAGUUCAUCUGUUUCUCUCCAGAAGUUCCAUCGACAUCCUGGAACAUAAGACUAAAUUCAUGCUGUACUCCUGCACUCUCUCGUCCGUGUCUUUCUGCGCUGUUCAUCAGUUUCAGCCCAAACUGUUCGGCUUCAUGGCGAAACACCCAGCUCUCGACUCACACCACUGCUACGUCUUCCAGAGCUCAAAGUUUUCUCACCUGCUGGUGUCGGUGAUUGGAGACGCGUUCCAGGCCAGCAGAAGCUCGGACAGCGUGAGGGGAAGUCGUGAUCUGGUGGUGGAGGCCCUCAGACACAAGAAUAAAGUCCUGCAAAGGGAGAAUGCAGAACUAAGGAAGAAACUGCAGGAGAAAGGAGGAAUGGACAACAAUGAAGAGGAAACUGAUCACUCUGAUACAGAGCAACCCACAUCACAAGUGAGAUUCAGCUCAAGCAGUGACACGGUUGCUUUGCUGAGGAGCUUCUAAGUGUGUGUGUGUGUGUGUGUGUGUGUGUGUGUGUGUGUGUGUCUGUGGUCAAAAGGAGAAGCCCCUCUGCAAUAAUCAGAACACAGUGAUAAACACACAGUAAUUACAGUGUGUGAUAAAUUAUUAUAUAUUAUUAUUUAAACUUUAAAUAAAUAACAUGAAUGUAAUUUUACACUCAUCACCACCGUAAUUACACUGUGUGUGUGUGUGUGUGUGUAUGUGUGUGUGUUCUGUCUGAUGAUUUAGUAAAUAUUUCUUUUUACAUUGUUUGUACUAGAACUGUUGAUUUAUUUUGAUCUAUAGUGUAAGCAUUUAUAAAAAUGAUGGAUUAUAAACAGAACUUUAUUCUGAUUGUACAGAAUACAUUUUCUUAUACAACCGGAAUAAAACCUGGAAGUUCUAGAAAAUAUAAGUUUGAUGAAACGUAUUAAGCUGUAAAAUGAGUGAAAACUGUGCAAUAAUUUUGAAGACUGUGUUCACGAAAUGCAUUUACAGUUCAGUUCACUUUCAGUACUGAGGUGAAGAAGUGUGUGAGGAGUGAAGAGUGAAAAAAACUGUAAUGAUGAAUGAUAAUGCUUAGCUCAUAAUUAUAAUGACAGUUUUUAUUUUUGUCUUGUAUUUUAAUUUUUCAUUAAACUUCCUCAUUUUGUCAUCAUUCUCUCAAGAAUAGAAAUAAACAGAAAUGAAAAUGA